AUGAAUGUUCCGAGUUUAUUUCAUUUUACAUCCUUACUGAGGGCAGCCCGAACGCCGGCCUGGAGGCCAUGGAUUUUGGGGAAGCGGCACUUCUCCCUACCCAGAGCGCCCUUACUUCAGGCAUCAGGGAAAAAGAACUCUCUCAAUCUCCUUGGACUAACUGAGGCAGAGUUAGAAGAACAGUUUGUGAGAGGCAAUGGCCCAGGAGGCCAAGCCACGAAUAAGACAAACAACUGUGUUGUCCUGAAGCACGUUCCAUCUGGGAUUGUAGUGAAGUGCCAUCAAACGAGAUCAGUGGAGAAGAACCGGAAGAUCGCCAGAGAAAUCCUGCAGGAAAAAGUUGACCUUUUCUACAAAGGUGAAGAAAGUGAUGUUUUUAAAGAGAAGAAAGCAUUGGAGAAGAAGAAGCAGGAGAAGAAAAGAAGAGCAAGGGAAAACCUAGAAAGGAAAAAGCUUUUUAAACAGAUGGAACAACUGGAUAAGCAAUGA